CGUUGCGCACGCGCAGCCUGGCGCAUUCCCCCCGUAGGAGCAGGACCCUACCAGUGAGUUCGUCAGCCUGCGCUGGUCUCAGGCGCGUAUUCCCGGCCGGGCGGCCUCCCAACUAUAGCGGUCACCGCCGGCCGCCGCCACCCCUGCCAAGCUGGAGAGGAACCGAGGAUUCUAGGGCCAGACUCCGGGAGAGAGCUGAGCCGGCCGCUGCACUCCAGCGCCGAGGGUGGUUCCAGAGAGUCAUGCCUGUGAGCCCCAGGUCCCUCCUGAUGUCCCUUGAAGCCUCAGCAUUCCUGUUCCCCAGGGCCACCUUGCUGCUCUCCGGGGGUCUGCUGGCUCUACUGCAGUGUCCUCUGUUUUAUACUGCUGCCACCAGGACACUUCACCUGUCGCCUUGAGGAAGACUUGCAGCCAAACUUGCCUGGACCCAGGUCAGUUUCUGGUGCUGCCUCCACAGCUUGAGUAGCUCUCAGCACUGGACGAGGACCAGGAGCUCCGUCGCUUCCUUUGCCUUCCCUCCUUUGUCAGGUCUGCACACCUAGACCUCCAUGCCCCUAGCUUGCCAAAUGGGGUCCUCCUGAUCGUGGAUGCUGCCAGCUUUAUGUGUGCUCAUUCAGACCACCUACUUCUCUAGCAGUCUAGCUUUCCAUCUUUGAGUCUUUGGUCCGUGACUGGUACUGGCACUGUGCCCACAAGAGGAUGGCAGUGCUUCGUCAGCUGGCACUCCUGCUCUGGAAGAACUAUACUCUGAAGAAGCGGAAAGUUCUUGUGACAGUCUUGGAACUCUUUUUGCCCCUGCUGUUUUCUGGAAUCCUGAUUUGGCUUCGCUUAAAGAUACAGUCAGAGAAUGUGCCCAAUGCCACUGUUUACCCAGACCAGUCCAUCCAGGAACUGCCCUUGUUCUUCUCAUUCCCUCCACCUGGGGACACCUGGGAGCUCGCCUACAUCCCUUCCCACAGUGAUUCCGCCAGGACCAUCACAGAGACUGUGAGAAAGGCACUAGUGAUCAACAUGAGAGUGCAUGGCUUUUCCUCUGAGAAAGACUUUGAGGACUACAUUCGACAUGAUAACCACUCCUCCAAUGUGCUAGCAGCUGUGGUGUUCGAGCACACCUUCAACCACAGCAAGGACCGCCUGCCACUAGUGGUGAAAUACCACCUACGCUUCAGUUACACACGAAGAAAUUACAUGUGGACCCAAACAGGAAACAUUUUUAUAAAAGAGACUGAGGGCUGGCACACCAAUUCUCUUUAUCCACUUUUUCCAAGCCCAGGACCAAGGGAGCCUUCAUCCCCUGAUGGUGGGGAACCUGGUAAGAAGCACUUUUCGGGACCCCCCCCCAGGGUGCUAACUAGUGACAGUUGGUACAUCCAUGAAGGCUUCCUGGCAGUGCAGCAUGCUGUGGACAGAGCUAUCAUGUACUACCAUGCUAACACCUCUGCACACCAGCUGUUCCAGAAGCUCAUGGUGGUCACCAAAAGGUUCCCGUUCCCGCCAUUCAUCUCAGACCCUUUCCUCAUUGCCAUUCAAUACCAGCUUCCUCUUCUGCUUAUGCUGAGCUUCACCUACACCUCCCUCACCAUAAUCCGGGCUGUGGUGCUGGAAAAAGAGAAAAAAUUGAAGGAGUACAUGCACAUGAUGGGUCUCAGCGGCUGGCUGCACUGGAGCGCUUGGUUCCUCAUGUUCUUCCUCUUCCUUCUCAUAGUGGUCUCCUUCAUGACUCUGCUGUUCUGUGUCAAAGUGAAGAAGGACAUAGCUGUACUUUCGAGCAGCGACCCCUCCCUGGUGCUGGCCUUCCUGCUGUGUUUUGCAAUCUCCUCUAUCUCCUUCAGCUUCAUGGUCAGCACCUUCUUCAGUAAAGCCAACAUAGCAGCGGCUGUGGGCGGCUUCCUGUACUUCUUCACCUACAUCCCCUACUUUUUCGUGGCUCCUCGGUACAACUGGAUGACACUGAGCCAGAAGCUCUUGUCCUGUCUCCUAUCCAAUGUUGCCAUGGCAAUGGGAGCCCAGCUCAUAGGAAAAUUUGAAGCCAAAGGCACAGGCAUCCAGUGGCGAGACCUCCUGAAUCCUGUCAAUGUGGAUGAUGACUUCUGCUUUGGGCAAGUGCUGGGGAUGCUGCUGCUGGACUCUGUGCUCUACAGCCUGGUGACCUGGUACGUGGAGGCUGUCUUCCCAGGCCAGUUUGGCGUGCCCCAGCCCUGGUACUUCUUCCUCAUGCCCUCCUACUGGUGUGGGAACCCAAGGACUGUCCUAGGAAAAGAGGAAGAAGAUAGUGACCCAGAAAAAGCACUCAGAGCUGAGUACUUUGAAGCUGAGCCAGAGGACCUGGUGGCUGGGAUCAAGAUCAAGCAUCUGUCCAAGGUAUUCCGAGUAAGAAAUAAGGACAAAAUGGGCAUCAGAGACCUGAACUUGAACUUGUACGAGGGACAGAUCACAGUCCUGCUGGGCCACAAUGGAGCUGGGAAGACCACUACUCUCUCCAUGCUCACAGGUCUUUUUCCUCCUACCAGUGGGCAUGCAUAUAUUCAUGGGUAUGAAAUUUCCCAAGACAUGAUUCAAAUUCGGAAGAACUUGGGCCUGUGCCCCCAGCAUGAUGUCCUAUUUGACAACCUGACAGUUGCAGAACAUCUUUACUUCUAUGCUCAGUUAAAAGGCCUGUCUCUCCAGAAGUGCCCUGAAGAAGUCAAGCAGAUGCUGCACAUCCUCAGUCUGGAGGACAAGCGGGAUUCACGGUCCAAGUUCCUGAGUGGGGGGAUGAAGCGCAAGCUGUCCAUCGGCAUUGCCCUCAUAGCUGGUUCCAAGGUACUGAUGCUGGAUGAGCCCACCUCAGGCAUGGAUGCCAUGUCUAGAAGGGCCAUCUGGGAUCUUCUUCAGCAACAGAAGAGUGACCGCACCAUCCUGCUGACCACCCACUUCAUGGAUGAAGCUGACCUGCUGGGGGACCGCAUUGCCAUCAUGGCCAAGGGGGAGCUACAGUGCUGUGGGUCAUCACUGUUCCUCAAGAAGAAAUAUGGAGCUGGCUAUCACAUGACACUGGUAAAGGAGCCACACUGCAAUCCUGAAGGCAUCUCCCAGCUGGUACACCACCAUGUCCCCAAUGCCACACUGGAGAGCCAUGCUGGGGCCGAGCUGUCCUUUAUUCUUCCCAAGGAGAGCACACACAGGUUUGAAAGUCUUUUUGCUAAACUGGAAAAGAAGCAGAAGGAAUUGGGCAUUGCCAGCUUCGGGGCCUCUGUCACCACGAUGGAGGAAGUCUUCCUUCGGGUUGGUAAGCUGGUGGAUACCAGCAUGGAUAUUCAGGCCAUCCAGCUCCCUGCCCUGCAGUACCAGCAUGAGAGGCGGGCAAGUGACUGGGCUGUGGACCCCAACUUAUGUGGGGUGAUGGACCCAACUGAUGGCAUUGGAGCCCUCAUCGAGGAAGAGCAGGCCAUGGGCAAGCUCAACACAGGGCUUGCUCUCCACUGCCAGCAGUUCUGGGCCAUGUUCCUGAAGAAGGCUGCAUACAGCUGGCGGGAAUGGAAGAUGGUGGCAGCUCAGGUCCUGGUCCCCCUGACUUGCAUCACCCUGGCCCUCUUGGCCAUCAACUACUCAUCGGAGGUCUUUGAUAACCCUCUCCUGAAACUAAGCCUGUGCAAUUAUGGAAGAACUGUUGUGCCCUUCUCAGUCUCAGGCACCUCUCAGCUGGAUCAGCAACUGUCUGAGCACCUGAGGGACAUGCUACAGGCUGAGGGGCAGGAGCCCCGAGAGGUGCUCGGUGACCUGGAGGAGUUCCUGGUUUUCAGGGCCUCGGUGGAGGGAGGUGGCUUUAAUGAGCGGUGCCUGGUGGCAACAUCCUUCAAAGACAAAGGAGAGAAGACAGUGGUCACUGCCUUGUUCAACAACCAGGCAUACCACUCUCCAGCAACUGCCCUGGCUAUUGUGGACAACCUUCUGUUCAAGCUGUUGUGUGGCCCUCAGGCCUCCAUUGAAGUCUCCAACUACCCCCAGCCCCGGAGCGCCCUGCAGGUUGCCAAGGACCAAUUCAGCGAGGGCCGGAAGGGAUUUGACAUUGCCCUCAAUUUGCUCUUUGCCAUGGCAUUUCUGGCCAGCACGUUUUCCAUCCUGGCAGUCAGUGAGAGGGCUGUCCAGGCCAAGCACGUCCAGUUUGUGAGCGGUGUCCAUGUGGCUACUUUUUGGCUCUCUGCUCUGCUGUGGGACCUCAUCUCCUUCCUCAUUCCCAGUCUGCUGCUGCUGGUGGUGUUCCGAGCCUUCGAUGUGCACGCCUUCACACGGGAUGGCCACAUGGCCGACAUGCUGCUGUUACUCAUGCUGUAUGGCUGGGCCAUCAUCCCCCUCAUGUACCUCAUGAGCUUCUUCUUCUCUGCCGCAUCCACGGCUUACACCAGGCUGACCAUAUUCAACAUCCUGUCGGGCAUCGCCACCUUCAUCAUGGUCACUAUCAUGCGCAUCCCAGCUGUGAAGUUAGAAGAACUUUCCAGAACCUUGGAUCAUGGGUUCCUGGUACUGCCCAACCACUGCCUGGGGAUGGCAGUCAGCAGCUUCUAUGAGAACUAUGAGACACAGCGGUACUGUACUUCCUCAAAGGUUGCCACCCACUAUUGCAAGAAGUACAACAUCCAGUACCAAGACAACUUCUACGCCUGGAGCACCCCAGGGGUCGGCAGGUUUGUGACCUCCAUGGCUUCCUCAGGGUGUAUCUACCUCACCCUGCUCUUCCUUAUUGAGACCAACCUGCUGUGGAGACUAAGGACCUUCAUCUGUGCCUUCCGGAGGAGGUGGACACUGCUGGAAUUCAUAUGUGCGGUCUUCAUCUCAAAUAAUCAGGCAGAAUUGCAAAACAGAACAUCGGUGCUUCCUGAGGACCAAGAUGUGGCAGAUGAGAGGAGCCGAGUCCUGGCUCCUAGCUUGGACUCCAUGCUCGACGUGCCUCUGCUCAUCAAUGAGCUCUCCAAGGUGUAUGACCAGCGAGCACCACUUCUCGCAGUGGACAGGAUCUCCCUUGCAGUCCAAAAAGGGGAGUGCUUCGGUCUGCUGGGUUUCAAUGGAGCUGGGAAAACCACAACAUUCAAAAUGCUGACUGGGGAGGAGACCAUCACCUCAGGGGAUGCCUUUGUUGGGGGCUACAGUAUCGGUUCUGACAUCAGGAAGGUCCGGCAGCGGAUGGGCUACUGCCCCCAGUUUGAUGCACUGCUAGAUCACAUGACCGGCAGGGAGAUGCUGGUCAUGUAUGCACGGCUCCGAGGCAUCCCAGAACGCCUCAUCAGUGCCUAUGUGGAAAACACACUUCGGGGUCUGCUCCUGGAGCCACAUGCCAACAAACUGGUCAAGACUUACAGUGGUGGCAACAAGCGCAAGCUGAGUACUGGCAUUGCCCUCAUUGGAGAGCCUGCAGUCAUCUUCCUAGAUGAACCAUCCACUGGCAUGGACCCUGUCGCCCGGCGCCUGCUCUGGGACACUGUGGCCCGGGCCCGUGAGUCUGGCAAGGCCAUUGUCAUCACCUCCCACAGCAUGGAGGAGUGUGAGGCCUUGUGUACCCGGCUGGCCAUCAUGGUACAGGGUCAAUUCAAGUGCCUGGGCAGUCCACAACACCUCAAGAGCAAGUUUGGCAGUGGCUACUCCCUGCAGGCCAAGGUCCGGAGCGAAGGGCAGCAAGAAGUGCUAGAGGAGUUCAAGGCAUUUGUGGACCUGACCUUCCCAGGCAGCAUCCUAGAAGAUGAGCACCAAGACAUGGUCCAUUACCAUCUAUCUGGCCAUGACCUCAGCUGGGCAAAGGUGUUUGGUAUCCUGGAAAAGGCCAAGGAGAAGUAUGGAGUGGACGACUACUCAGUGAGCCAGAUCUCUCUGGAGCAAGUCUUUCUGAGCUUUGCCCACCUGCAGCCCCCUGCCACUGAGGAAGGAUGAUGAGGACCUGUCUGCUGCCUCUAGGGCACCAGGCAAGGAAGGGGCAAGCCAGUGCUCAGUUGUGCAUCCUCUCCUCCCCAGUUAUUCUUUUCCUUUAUUUUUAAUCAUUCUUUUCUAUGAUGGACAUAAAAAAAAUCAAGGCAGUAUGCAGAGAUUGGACCAAAUGUGUCAACGCCUACAGGCUGGAAUCAGUAUGCAGAUAUCCACUCCUAAAGGCAGACUCUGGAAUUCUAGUCCCAGACCCAAAGCCACCCUGCAGUGUAUGCAGACAGGCUGUGGUCUUUAGAUGGAAAGUUGGUCCAGGUCAGACUGUAGCUGGCCUGGGGAAGGGGGUUGAAUUUCUCUACUGGCUCACAGAGAGUACCCAGGUUUACAUAUGCUACUAAGCUUCACUGAGGAAGAAAAAGGAAGCCAACAAGGAUUAGCUACAACAUGGACCUCCAGGCUUCCAUGAAUGGGCAGAAAAGUUGCAAAUCACUAUCCAAGAAGGGAAGAUGUCGGCUGUGACUAGGUGCUGAAACCUUGGCUUCCAGUGCAUCUGAAGAUGCAUCCUGGGCAUCAGUGUUCCUUAGGGUAUGGACACUACACCAGGCUGAGCUGAUCCUGAGCCAGGUGUCAUCCCACAGGAUCUGCAGCACAGGAAAGAUGUGGCCAGACUUGAAGCACAAUCCUCUGUUCCCAACUCUGUGCCUUUCGAGAGGUCACAGGACAGUCAGGGAUCAUUACAGGACUGAGUGGACAUCUCGUGAGGAUACACUAAAUAUAUUGUGAUUCUGUCCAGAAAAUAAAGGCUGAAGGGACAUGAUCA